AUGGCUGCGCGAGCGUCCAAAGAAACCCAGAAAUAUGAUAUCCUGGCUCAGCGGACUUUAUCUUGGGGGGUGAAGAUUCGGAAAAAGUUGAAGGCUGUGGCUCCGUUCCUUGGCAAGUUCAGGCCCCUGGUGGGGCAAUGCUGCCAUCAGUGCACCCCGGAGAGUCUGGGUCAGAAGCUACUGCACAAGACACCGUCUCUCGGCUUUCAGAAUCUUCUCUGUGUGAAGGAAACGCACACCAGGUACCGUGGAUGGCUAGUCAGGAGAGUGUGUUGUGUGCUGUUUGUUUUGGGCCGUAAGGUUUAUACCAGUUCUGUGGGAGACAGAGUGAACCGGAUCUACAGCACAGACAGGUACAGUAAAGUCACUGUGAAUAUGCACCUAUAUAAUGAUUUGUCACUGUUAUACUUCCUCUUUUCCAUUUUAACAGUCAAGAUGAGCUCAGGCUGUUACAAUGUGCAGCCUCCAGUCUCACUCCGAGGUAUCAUUCAGAAGAUGCUGCUGGAGAUACAUUCCACCCUUUCAGCGCUGAUGCCGGUGCUCUGUACAGGAGAGAGGGAUGUGAGGGAGGAGGGAGAGGAGGAGAAGGAGAGAGCUGGAGGAGCUGGCAGGAUUGUGUCUGUGCUUCAGACUGUUGUGUCCCCUGCUCUGCUCCGAUUGGUCAGCUGGAUGUUGUUGAAGGUGUUCCGGUUAAUGUUCUACAGCGUGCAGGUUAAUCUGAAUCAGCUGGCUGCUCUCCACCGAGCCACACAGCUGAAUGGACCACUGGUGUAUGUAUAUAUUCAUCAAAGUGCUUUAGAUCAAGCUCUGAUCUCCCUGACGCUCUUCUUCCACAACCUGCGAGUUCCCUACAGCAUCUGCCCAGUCCAGGUCCAGCACGGCUGGAUAAGGGCUGUUCUUCGCAAGUUGGGUGUCAUCUUACUCCCCCAGCAUGCAGACACGGAGCAGCAAGCAGAAAUGGACAGCUCAUACUCGCUCAUCAUGACCUCCCUGAUUGGUGAGCUGCUGAGGGCAGGAGAGUCGCUCAGCCUUUGUGUUUGUGUGGAGAGUGGACAUGGAGGUCAGUGGCUGGCUCGCGUCCGGCAGGCGGUCACCCAGGGCCUGGUGCCCGACGUCAGCCUGGUGCCAGUUGGAAUCUCAUAUGACUGUCCACCACAGCAGGACACACUGCCUGAGGCAAGCGUGCGGUCUGUUCUGCGGUUUGUGUUCUCCCUUCUGAGUGGUGAUCACAGAGGAGGUGUGAGGAUCCAUUUUGCUCAGCCUUUCUCUCUGACGGAGAUGUGUGACAGUGGGAAAUGUCGUGUGGAUGGACGGUGCCCCCUGCAGGAGCUUCUGUUACCUGUCAUCCAGCACAACAGGAUGGACUCUAUAUUUGGGCAGAAGGACGUAUCUUGGCUGUUGCCCCCAACCUACCUGCCAGAAUUGCCACAUGCUGAGAGGGAAAUGACCAUCGCUUUGACACUGCACCUUAUCCACUCGGUCACCAGCAGCAUGGCUGUGAUGUCCACUGGUAUAGUGUCCUGUCUGAUUCUGCACAAGCAUCGCAGGGGUGUGCGUCUCUCUAUGUUGUGUAAAGAUGUGUGUUGGCUUCUGGAGGAGGUCUUGUUCAGGAACUUUGAUGUAGGUUUUGGGGGCAGUUUGGUGGAGGUGGUGUAUUUCUCACUCUCUCUCCUGCGCCCCCACCUGCUGCUGGCCGCAGCGCCACCUGCAGGAGACCCUGUGCUGACGGCCCGGCCGGAACCGAACGCCCUGCUUGCGCUCUGCCAGCAGUGCGAGCUGCUCACACAGGUCUUCGUCCACGAGGCAGUGGGAGCGUGUGCAGUCUCUGCCAUGCUGAGAGAGGUUGCAGGUUGCGGAGGAGGAGGAGAGAUGGAGUUUGAUGUUGCUCUGGGUCAAGAGGAACUGACUGAGAAAAGCCUGCAGCUCACACACCUACUGCCUGUGGGAUUAAUACCACCGUGUCAGACAGCUCAUAGCUUUGCUCUGGAUGCGGUGGACAGUAUGGUGCGCUGUGGAAUUCUCAUCAUGGAGGAGGUGCCACAGGCAACUCCGGUGUGUGAUUACUGGAGGAGGCAGGGUGUGUUAUCAUGGACUGCUACAGACGACCCUGACCAGAGCAGUGACUCAGACUGUGAGGAACAGGACAAACGCUCAUACAAGUUGAGUCAGCCAGCUCAGUGUCCUGAGCUGCUCUUCUUCCUCUGCAGUUUACUGAGCGCCCAACUGAGGGUGCUGUGCUGGGCUAUAGAAAGCCUACACCUACUGCCGUUACCACUCACAGAGUCGGCAUUUGUGACUCAACUCCACACACACCUGAGGAACAGAGCUCAGCUGGACAAAGUGCACCACGAGAGCUCCUCGAUAAAGUUGGUGAGAAUGACAGUGCGUACCCUGACUGAUCUUGGGAUUGAGGGUGUAUACCUGGACACCAGUCCUGUUUUCCUCCAGCCUGAGAACAAACAGAAGCUUCUUCACUUUGUCUCACAGUUUCUCUACGGCUAACGGAGGAAAAACAGCCGUCUCCUCGUCCAUCAGCAGUGCAGAGAGAUUGCUUCAGUUUCAGUUACAAAUGCAUCAGACUGAGGGACAGAAAAUCUCUGAUUUAUGGUGUAAGUAAGUAACCAUUGGAAAUAUGUUAGCUUGGCCAGUAUGAAAAAACCUGGAGCUUUAUUACAAACAUUAGUAUCUGCUACCUAAAAAUUUGAUUUGAUUAAACAUCGAACAAGUAAACAGGUUCACAAUGAUUACUGUUCUGUUCAGUUAAUAUUAGUAAGUUCAGUAAAGUCUUAAAUUUCAGGGUAGGCAGGUUAUUUACUGUUAUUUACAGUAUAGUGUUGUUCUAUCCAGCUUUUCAUUUGAUAGUGUCGUUCAUAUGUUUAAAGUUUGUGAGUUGACCAAACUAACCAAAGGCAAAGCACUGCCCACUGGCUCCACUAAUACGAGACCACGUUAGAGGUCAGUUUCUCAGUUUGUUCUUAUAAGCCCAGGUUGGGUUAUGCAGAUUAAUGAGUGUUAGAUAACGCUGGAUUGAAUAGAGAGUUAGAUAAUGUUCUUGAGGAACAAAAGACAGAAAAUGGAUAAUAAUUGUGUUGGGUCAACCAGAUGUUCCUUUUUUUCAUAGAAAUGUUGGUUUCAUAAUGUUUGCUUUGGCUUACAGACAUGAAUACAGGUCUGUUCAGUACAAAAGACUUGAUCGUUUUGUUUUUUAUG